UAUUACUAUUAUGUCUGUAGAGAAAAAUGUUGGGUUUAAUUAUACUGCUCAAAAGCACAAUUACUACGACAUAUCAUCCUGAAAAGGUGGUUAUUGACUACCAAGACAAACCCCUUUUAUCGCUAACAAGAGUCGCCGGCUCGCCCGCUGGACGUCAUUUCUUUUUCUGGCAGGAAUCAUGAUAACCCAAUCAUUUCACACCAUUUCAUGAAUUCUCAAAUAUUGGAUAUUUAUUUUUAAAUUGCUAACACGGAACGACUCAUUUCUUGGAGGAAGCAGUUGUCAGUUACUGAUGGAGAAUUCGACAGGUGCCGCAAGCCCCGUCAUGAAGUGGGACCCAGCCAGACUCAUAUCUCAUGAUCAUGGCUAUGAGGGAUAUGCCUUGCUCACUUUAAAUCAACCUCUUGAUAAUUUGGAUUUGCUCAGGUCGCUAUGGGAGAGAGCCGGAUACCGGAUUGCAGCGGAUGGGGGUGCAAAUAGGCUACAUAAAGUAUUCCACGGCGAUAGCACCUUUGAAAACCUAAUGAAGAAGAUCCCACUUGAAGUGAUCCACGGUGACCUCGACUCCCUGCACCAGACCACUAGAUCUUGGGCACUCGCCCAUUCCAUGGAAGUCGUCCUUGACCCAUCUCAGGACUCUACCGACUUCACAAAGUGUGUUUCAUAUAUCUCGAAACACUGCCUUCCAAAGUGUGACUCCGCCCCUGACAUCAUUGUACUCGGUGGCUUGGGAGGCCGAGUUGACCAGGGACUUUCUAUCCUGCACCACCUGUAUAAGGGACCUCAGAUUUAUCCACACGGGCGCAUUUACCUAGUGUCCACUUCGGCAAUCACGUUUCUCCUGACUGCGGGAACCCAUCAAAUCGUUGUCAAGAACCCUGAGGCUCGGGUGCUAGGGAAGAAUAUUGGCAUUCUGCCGGUGGGCGUGCCGGCGAAGAUCACGACGAAGGGACUGAAGUGGGAUGUUGAGGAUUGGGAGACGAGUUUUGGAGGGCAGGUGAGCACGAGCAAUAUGGUGCGGGAAGCGGAGGUUACUGUCACGACCAAUGCAGAUGUCUUGUUCACGAUUGAUUUGGAUAUGGGGGGGGAAGAAUAGUAUUUUUAUGUCUUAUGGUAUAAAGAAAACUGGGAAGCAUCGCGGAAAGAAAUAUGUGAGAAUUUAAAUAGACUCAAAUAUAAUAAUAUAGAGAUA